UACCCCACUGGUCCAGACUCCUGCCCCAGGGCGGGGAAAGAGAAGGAAAGAAGUGAGACGCUGGAAGGGGUGGGGACCGCUGGGACGGCCCAGGCUGGACUGUGUGGCCCCAGUGUGAAAGUGAGCCAGACACUGGCACUCCCUUUGCGGCGGCGGCAGGGCAGCGAAAACAGAGCCUAGGUACACGCCGAGUUCUAAGAGUCUUGCUCUGACUGCCCAAGCCAUGGCAACAAACUCUGAUAAAGUUCCCACUGCACUGGUGGGGCCUGAAGACGUCGAGUUAUGCAGCCCCCCGGCCUACGCCGCGGUGACCGCGAAGCCCUCCGGCCUGGCCCGGCUGCUCAAGGUCAGAUCCGUGGUCUUCACUUCGGGGGCGGCACUGCUGCUCUUCGGGGCUAUCGGGGCCUUCUACUUCUGGAAGGGGAACGACAGUCACAUUUACAAUGUUCAUUACACCAUGAGUAUCAAUGGGAAAUUACAGGAUGGGUCAAUGGAAAUAGAUCCUGGGAACAACUUAGAGACCUUCAAAAUGAGGAGUGGAGCUGAAGAAGCAACUGAAGUUAAUGAUUUCCAGAAUGGCAUCACAGGAAUCCGUUUUGAUGGAGGAGAGAAGUGCUACAUCAAAGCACAGGUGAAGGCACGGGUUCCUGAGGUUGGCGCUGUGACCAAGCAAAGCAUCUCCUCUCAGCUGGAAGGCAAGAUUGUACCAGUUAAAUAUGAAGAAAAUUCACUUAUCUGGGUCGCUGUUGACCAGCCUGUGAAGGACAACAGUUUCUUGAGUUCUAAAGUCUUAGAACUUUGUGGCAACCUCCCUAUUUUCUGGCUUAAACCUGCAUAUCUAAAAGAAAUCCAGAGAGAAAGAAGGGAUGUAGUGAGAAAGAUUGUUACAGCUACCACAAGAAGGCCACACAGUGGGCCAUGGGUCAACCCUGGGCCUGGAAGACUGGGUAAUGAAACCAGACCCAGUGUUCAAGAGGAUGAAGAACACUUCAAUCCUGACAAUCCUUACCAUCAGCAAGAAGGGGAAAGCAUGACAUUCGACCCCAGACUGGACCAUGAAGGAAUCUGCUGUAUUGAAUGUAGGCGAAGCUACACCCACUGCCAGAAGAUCUGUGAACCUCUUGGGGGCUAUUAUCCAUGGCCUUAUAAUUAUCAAGGUUGUCGUUCAGCCUGCAGGGUUGUCAUGCCAUGUAGCUGGUGGGUUGCCCGUAUCUUGGGUAUGGUAUGAAGUGACUUCAUAUAUUAGUUGCUGUCAAAUAAAAACAGAGUAGAAAACCAAAGCA